UAGUAAUUUAAUGGCAGUUUGUUCCUGUGUUAUUAGUGCAAAUAACACAUCAGUGUUUUAUGCUUUACCCAGUAAUUCAGAGCUUAGGAACAAGUGGUUAGAAUUUGUCUAUGGAACACCACCAGUGAAGUACAACUGAGAUAGGGCCUGUUUACAGUUUCUAUAACUACUGAAACAGGAGCAGCUCGGCUAACAGAGGCUAUGGUCAGAAACAGGUUACUCAACCUCGAAGAAACAGCAGAGUACAGGGGCAAUGUCUGCUAAAAUACCCCGACCUGGGGCUUCUGUUACCCCUCCUGAACCCGAAAAACAGUCUUCUACAGCUACCGCAGGAAAACACCGAGAUAAACGUGAAGAAGGAAAGGAAUAUCCUCCUGUUGAGGGAUUAUAUCCAGUCAGUAGCUGUAUUUCUGCAGAAGAGGCGGUGAACCAGAGUGUCCAGCAGGGGGCGCUGGAUCCACACAUUACCACAUGUGUCUGUCAGAGUCUCAGAACACACGGGUUACCACAGGAGCAUGCGCAUGUGUUACAGCUGCAGAUACAGCAGAUGCAGAAAGUUAUUCGCGAUCAGCAGAAUGCAUUACUGUCCUUCUUGAGUCCAGGAUUGAUGUUAUCCCACGUUUUCUCAACUCAGCGCCAGAGUCAUUCACCUGGAAGGCAUCCUGAAACAGAUCCAAACUCUCACUGUGUGCUGGAUUCCAGUAAAGAUUCCUCCCCCACGGGGCAUACUGGAGUUAAAUUGGAGUCAGGAGAAGUAGCCUGUGCUGAGCUUCAGUCAUCACACCAAACUACUUGCAUGCCCUGGAAGCCUGUCAGAACAAAGCAGAGAAGCUUAUCUCCUGUCAAAGAGGAGUGCUUAGAGCCUGUGGAGGAGCAGUGCUCUGUCAGCCCCUUUGGAGUCAGGACAAAACUGCCAGCAAACCCAGAGGAAAGACCCAUUCGUCCAGGACUAAAAGAGAAAGAGAAAACUUUUGAAGAUCUUGUUGAAGAGCAGCUCAAAGUGAAUAAAGAAGUUCCAGGAGGUGAUAAACAGAUCAGAAUUGAGGUCAGUGGGACGGAGAAAAGGAGUUUUCUUCGUAAAGGGGAUGGCAGAUCUAGAUUUUGGAAAAGCCGGGACAGCAUUCAGAAAACCCAGCCUGAGUCCAGAAGCCAGCAGAUCAAGGACAUGACCUCUGCUGAACUGCAAGAAAACUCUGCUUCUUCUAUACAGCAUGGCACAGUAGACAGAUUGAGGAUUCCAGCAUUGAUCGAUUCCUUGAUAAACUCAAAAGGGGAAGAAAGAUACUCCAAAGAUCAAAGAUCUGCAGUGAAACAACCUUCAAACCACAAUCUUCCUAUACAUGAAACAAAGUACAAAGUUCAGAGGCCUGAUGAUAUAAAUCCAUCAAAUGAUAAGAAGAGGAGUCUCCCUAUGUCUCACACUUCAGAUCUUAAAAGCAGCUUUUCACAGGAAAGUGAAGAUCCCUCCAAAGAACCAAAAAGAAGUAGCAUGUUCCAAAAUAAAAUACUCAGUCGAAGCUCUGCUACAAAUUCAGACAGCAAAGGUGACCAUAGAGUGUGUUCAAAUGAAAAAAGAGUCAGCUUUAAGAAGAUUAAUGACCGCAUUGUCAGAGUGUGUGAUCAUUCACACAAUGUACUGGAUAAUCCAACUGUCAGUGCCGAACCAAGCAUGCACGAGUUAAGCCUGACUGCUGAAAUGAUGCAGUUGCUGCUUAGUAGAGAUUCUAGCGACAGCAUUAGUGAUGAUGAUCUUGAUGAUGAUGAUGAUGAUGAUGAAGCCCAGUCUCAAUCUCUAAAACCUGAAACACCCAUGAAUUCAUCAAAACCAAAUUAUGACAGUCAGAUUCAGUAUUUAUCUGAUGAGGAUUAUGCCAGCGAUGCCCCAAGUGAGACUGGGGAUUGUCCAUUGGACCGAGACAGAGCUCUCCACUUCAUCUCAGCUCAUUUUCCCAGCUCAUCUGGUUCUGAGGAGCUCAGUGAUUCUGAACUCCAGUGUAUACACUGCUCUGAGUCUGAUAAUAUCACAGUAACACCAAGAAGAUCUGUUUCACCAAGAAGUAAAACAGCAACAGAUUCCACUGGCGAUUCCUCAAACCUCCUCACUAAGAUUUUCCCCCAGAUAAAAUCUGCCAGAAAAGAGAAAGCAGAGAGAGAACACUGGGACAAAGCCUUUAAUACUCAGCACUCAAAUGGAAGUGAAACGCUAAAUAAAGUGUUGGGAAACAGUAGCUUGGAUAUGAAAGCUGCAGCUACCAGUAACUUCAUGAUGGACAAGAUGAAAACAGAGCAGGACAAAGCACUGACUUUCAUCAGAGCUGAAAUGGAUCAUUUUAUUAAUAAAGACGCCCAAAGAUCUUCACACUACUCACCUGUGGAGGGCACCCUGUCCCAGGAUCUCAGACAACAGAUUCAGUCUCUAAAAGGGCAGCUGACAGAAAGAGAAAGUGAGUGGUUGCAGGUUCACAGAGCACUGCAGAGUCGUGUGGAUGCCCUCACCAGAGAAAACCAGCGCCUCCUGCACCAGUCUACCCAGUCUGCUGAGUAUAAAAUACAGAACCACAGCAGUGGCAGAUCCACCCCUCAAUCAGGAGCACCAAGCAUGAGUGCAGAAGGCAGAGAGAUAGCUGUUCGUACUGGAUCAGUUCCCUACAGGAGGAGCUCCACUCCUGCUCCCAGCUUGAGGAAGGAGGCAGCGACAGCAGGGAACACAGUGAGCAGACACUCAAGUGACACUCUGCAUGAAAAGAAACAGUGGGAGACUCAGUCUAUGAGAAGAGACUCUUCAGAUUCAAGAACGUCGACAGCCACUUAUAGCCCAGAUGAGAGUGCAACAAUCCCAUUGAGUAAUACUGGAGGAAAGGGCUCAUGCAGGCCUGCACUGAGGCAGAUCGGGGUCAGAGGUGACAGGAGCCGGAGCUCUGUGUCAAAAGGAACACACAGUACAUCAAUGGGGAAAACAACAUCCUCUGAGUCAGAGCCUGGUUCUACAGACAUGAUGGAGGCAGGUUUGCUGAGUCCUGACAAGAAGAGCAGCUACACACCAGUAUCAGUGCAAUGUAGUAAAGCUGUAAUAAGAGAGGAGACUCGCUAUCCUGAUGGUAAGGUGGAACAGCUUCUCUCAGAUGGGUCGCGUGUCAUCGUUUUCCGGAAUGGAACUAAGAAGGAGAUCAGUGUGGAUCAGAAAUCAGUCACAGUAACAUUCUUUAAUGGAGAUGUUAAACGCUUACUGCCUGAUGGGACAGUGGUGUACUAUUACUGUGACGCCAAAACCACUCACUCAACCUACCCGUCUGGCUUGGAGAUUUUGCAGUUUCCAAAUAACCAAAAAGAGAAGCACCAUCCUGAUGGCAGGAGGGAGAUAUUCUUUCCUGAUGGAACAGUGAAGAGUCUAUACACUGAUGGCCGACAGCAAAGCGUUUUCCCUGAUGGAACUGUUGUCAAGCUGUCAAGAAAUGGGGAUAAAACAGUGGAGUUCACCAACGGCCAACGAGAGGUCCACACCGCCCAGUACAAACAGAGGAUAUACCCAGAUGGCACUGUUAAAACUGUCUAUUUAAAUGGAAGACAAGAGAUAAAAUACUUAUCUGGAAGAGUUAGCUUUAAAAACAAUGAAGGAAUCACUAUAAUCACUGACAAAAGGUCUGACAAAAACCAGACUGGACAUCGAUGAAAUUAAAUGAUACAUUUUAUUAACUGUGAUUUCAAAUGUGUGUAACAUUAAAAUAUAGAGGUGCUGGCGGGUGUUUACCUCAGACUUUAUUCUUCAGGCCCUUUAAGUCAUGCUGUGAUGUAGUGUGAACAUGAACUUAAAAUAACA